CGGAAGUAGCAGUGCAGCUACUAUGUGAGAUGAUUUUUUUCUGCUUUCCCCGAUAGAGAAAAGUGAAAAUGAAACGAAGGAUAAGCAGCCAGCGGAAGGAUCAUGACAAGCAUGACGAGAAACCUUUUUGCCGCCCCCUUCUUUAGAAGUGCAACUUACAACUCCCUUGCAAGUAUAGUGGACCAAGAAUGUAAAGUAGUGCAGUUGCAGCGUGCAUAAACUUAGCCAAUCAGAUUGCGCGGAGAUCAGAUGUGCUAAAAAAAUGAAACUAAACUAUGCUGGUGCGGCGCGCUGAGGCGCGCCCCUAGUAGACUUAAAGUUCGAGAAGAGCCUCCCUGAGAUGCCUCCGGAACAACGGCCCACAUCAAUCUGGCCUCGGAAUGUUGAUGGCGCUGGCACGUUUAGCGUUGAAGACUUUGGUGCUCGCUGCUGUGGUAAAGAACGCACGCGGGCAAUACUUGUCGAUCCUACCUACGGAGAGCAGCGCAUGGGCCGCCCACUUUUUUUCCUUCUUUAGUAUUGCAAGGAAACACUCCCCCUCCCCAUAUCAAAACGAAGUUUGUGAUGCUGGAUCUGCGUACACAAAUCUGAUUUGUCUUGCUGGAGAGGACUGCAGCCCCAUACUAAGCCUGAGCAGAGAGGUUUUGGACUAGGCUCUUAGCAUGAGAAACGUCUGCGCUGUAGGCCCAACAACAUCGCAAACCGUCGACAGAGUGCGGCGGACUCUCUAGAUUUGCCUUCUUGCAAGACAAACAGGAUUCGUGGUCACAAAUCAGCAUCACAAAUUUUCAGGCGCAUGCGUUUUCAAUAUGGUGAGGGGGGAUUUUUCGUCACAAUAUUUAGCGGGGCUGCUUCUCGGUUCCUUGCCUCGAACACCACCGCCACCACGCAGCCGCACACAUCAGAAACAACGGCUCCAUGGGUACCAUCGUCGGAUGCCUUGCCUGGUCGUGCUCUUACGAGCGCAGACGAACAAACGGGGACAACUCCUAGCGUGAACGUCCAGUGGGACGCACUAGCAGCGCAGCUGGAUGAAGUAUACGCGACACCAAUGCAAGUUUAUGAGCACAUUGCCACCCUGGCGAACAGAAAGCGCUACGUCGAUAUUGGUGCCCGUGAUACCAAGCGGGCUGGCAUAGUGGCAAAAUUUGCUCGAUCGAGCACGUUCGUAGAAGCGGACCCGCAGAACUGCAAACAUUUUCACGCUCUAGCACGCCAAGGCACCGAGGCAAACCGGGUGUCCGUUCUUUGUCCGACAAAGUUUGGUGCGGAAACGGUGACAGGGCUCACAGCUGAGCGAAUGUCCGGAGUGCAAGCAGCGGAGUUAAAGCGCGCAGAGCUGGGCCUGGUGGAGGGCGACGUCUACUUCACCUGGCUCCCGGGAGAGGCUGUGUUGCACUUUUUGAAGCAGCUCAGAAAGGGGGUGAAGGCGGACGCUAUACCUGCUUCGGGGAAGCUGGUCUCAUGGGUGCACGCCUGUAUGGGCCGGUGCCGCAGAGAGAAGAGCACUGGUCUCGCGGUGCACUAUCGAGUGACGCGUCAGAGUGCAAAAGCCUUUCGCGAGCGGCGUUCUGUUUCGGGGGCCGGAGGCACAGCCACCGCCACCAGUGCUGACCCGAAGUGGCAAGAAAGCAGCGCGAACGGGCCCGCGCUGUCCAGUGUUGCUUCGCGACGUACGGAGAAACGCAUCCAGGCGACCACGCGCGGCUGGGAAAACCUCAAAAAACAAAAAGCGUCUGGCAGACCGCUGGCGCCCCCCUCUCUCGCGCAAUUUAGUAUCAUCGUUCUUGAGUUUGAUCUGAGCGAUAUCGUAAGGAAAAACUCCCCCUCCCCAUAUCGAAAAGGCACGCCACAGAGAAUUUGUGAUGCUUCUUGUGACUACAAAUCGUGUCUGUCUUGCAAGGAAGCAACGGCACAGACUCCGCCUCAUUAUGCAGGCAGUUUGCCAUGGUGUUGGGCCUACAGCAUGGACGUUCCUCAGGCUAGGUGCCUAGGCCAUCAAAACCGCUCUGCAUUGGCAUGGUAUGGGCCUGCAGUCCUCUACUGCAAGACAGGUCUGAUUUGUGUACGCCAAUCCACCUUCACAGCUUUCCUUUUGAUAUGGGGAGGGUGGAUUUUUCCUUUUGAUAAGCGAACCAUGGGAAUUACUAGACAUGGAACGCGUUCGGGGAUGCGAAGAGAAGGUCGAUAAUGUUUUUGGCGUGUGUGAUAUCGCAAGAAAAAACUGUUUCACUGUGAACUUCUGAUGCGUAGAAUGGAACAAAGAACUAUUUGUCUUGCUACACCUGCAAGACCUUGACUCUUUAGAGGUGUUUUCCUUUUAGAAGCGCGCAUGGCAAAUUUAUUUCUGUGUCAUGUGUAACAAACUUGUGAUGCAGAUCUUGCAAAAUCAUCACAGUGAAACAGUUUGUUUCGUGGGAUAUGUGACAACGUGUCGCAUACGAUGAAUCUCGAAAAGCCGCUUGGUUACGCUCAUCCGCCGUGGUGGUGAACACGCGAGCCACUCCGGUGCUGAGAUCAUGCCGCGACGACCGAGAAGUCCGCGCACUGCUAUAGAAAAAGUACUGAAUAAUAGCCACGAUAAUUUUGAGGACUACUCACAUGUGCGAGCUCCAACCUGCGGCUGGAUCAAGAAAUAAUUUUUCCGAAGAAGAAAAGAGGAUGCACGCCUUGUUUCGACACAGGAGGUGCUAAAUAUAAGAGCUCAAACGUUCUACAAGAGUACAACAGACAAGAACGGUCUUCGGUUCUUUCUCUUCUCUUCUUGUUGUUCCAU